CUUCCUUCCAGGGACAGGCUCACAACUCAGGCUCUUCCAUCUGACUUUUAGCAAUCCAACAGGUGUGCCAUGGCUGGGUGGAACUGCCUCGUGACGGGCGCAGGAGGCUUCCUGGGGCAGAGGAUCGUCCGCUUGUUGGUGGAGGAGGGAGAGCUGCAGGAGAUCCGGGCGCUGGACAAAGUCUUCAGACCGGAAUUGCGGGAGGAAUUUUCUAAGCUCCAGAGCCAGAGCAAGCUGACCUUGCUGGAAGGAGACAUUCUGGAUGAACAGUUCAUGAAGAGAGCCUGCCAGGGCACCUCGGCUGUCAUUCACGCCGCCUGUGUCAUUGACGUCUUCAAUGUCAUCCCGAGAGAGACCAUCAUGAACGUCAACCUGAAAGGUACCCAGAUGCUGCUGGAGGCCUGCGCCCAGGCCAGCGUGCCCAUCUUCAUUUACACCAGCUCCAUAGAGGUGGCGGGGCCCAACUCCUACAGGGAGGUCAUCCAGAACGCCUGUGAGGACGAGCCCCUGGAAACCACGUGGUCGGCCGCGUACCCGCACAGCAAAAAGCUGGCCGAGAAGGCGGUGCUGGCCGCCAAUGGCUGGGCCCUGAAAAACGGUGGCACCUUGUACACUUGUGCCUUAAGGCCCAUGUACAUCUAUGGGGAGGGGAGCCCGUUCCUUUACGGCUUCAUCGACCACGCCCUGAAGAACAAUGGUGUCCUGCCACACAACAGCAGGUUCUCCGUGGUCAACCCCGUGUACGUGGGCAACGUGGCCUGGGCCCACAUUCUGGCCCUGAGGGCCCUGCGGGACCCCGAGAAAGCCCCCCACAUCCAAGGACAGUUCUACUACAUCGCAGACGACACGCCGCACCAGAGCUACGACCACCUCAACUACGUGCUGAGCAAAGAGUGGGGCUUCUCUCUGGACUCCCGCAGGAGCCCGCCUGUUCUGCUGCAGUACUGGCUGGGCUUCCUGCUGGAAGUGGUGAGCUUCCUGCUCAGGCCCAUCUGCAGGUAUCAGCCCCCCUUCAGCCGCCACACAGUGACCUUGUUAAACAGCGUCUUCACCUUCUCCUAUAAGAAAGCGCAGCGAGAUCUGGGGUACAAGCCGCUCUUCAGCUGGGAGAAGGCCAAGCAGAAAACCACGGAGUGGGUUGGCUCCCUGGUGGAGCGGCACCAGGAAGCCGCGAGAACCAAGGCUCGCUGAGGCGGAUGGCGAGGGGGUGCACGUGGGUACUGUUAGCGGGUGGCUGUCAGUCUCCCCUUCUGGUUUCAUACAGAAAGCGACAUGGACCCAGGUCCUACUGCACCCCUGUUACAAGAUGCCAUGUCCUUGUCUUCUUCCUGCCACCAGUCACCGGCCCAGCCUCUUCGUUUCAUUUCCUCUGCCAAUUACAAAAUCCUUUUUAAAUUCCUAUUCCUUUACACAACUUGGUGAAAAGAAUAAUAAAUCUUUUCAUGCCUAACCUGAAGGAGGCUGUGGUUUAUGUGAACACAUACCUUCCUCCUUUUGCCUCUAUUUCCGGAUGUCACCAUCUCCUGUA